UCAAUGUGGGAUAAAUAACCGAAUCAAGAGAUCACUUAAAACACCUAACAUUCAUUUUAACAAUGUGAGUUUUGUGGAAGAGUUAAGUGGUGAUGGUGUGCAUUGGGAUGGGGCUGGAAGAGUGAGAGUUGAGUCUAAGUUUAAGAAGAUAAUUAAAGGAUUCAUUGGGGAAGACGAGGUUGAUGAGUGAGGAGUAGUGAUCGCUAAGUUGUGGGGGCCUGAAGAAUACACUUGUGUCGCAGGUUUAUGAGGAUCGAACCUCUCCUCAAAACUUACGUAAUCUACACCUCACCACAACCAGUCGCGGAAAAAUGGAUGAUCGACCCAUACACUCAAGGUGGGGGGCCAGUUCUGGGGAACAAAUGGAGGAAACUAACUUCAACCCUUUCAAAUCUAGUCCAGUAAAAUCGGAGGAGAACGAACAUAAUCUUAGUACAUUGGAACAAGAAGUAGACAGCCUUAAACAGAUAGUGGCGCAACAAAAUCGAGUACUGCAACGUUUAGGUGAUAACUUGCCUACGCCCCCGCGUCAAAUGGCGACAACUAAACCCCGCGACAUUCCUGUGUUAGAACUACAUCAACUGCAGGGACUCAACGCAACCACACAACUCCAGAUUUUCUUUGAACUAGUUGAACAAUGCAGUGAAAUUGAUGCAAGGAGAGUACAAAUAGCCAAAGGGAGAGUUAGUACCGAGAUAGCAGCUCUCAUUCAUAAUCAUCAAACCUUGCACAACUGUAAUACUUGGGACAGCCUCAAAGGGCUCCUUAACAACCAAUUCAGUAAGGAAGUUCUCUUUGAUAGAGCAUGGCAAGACACCGACUCGGGACGUUAUGAGUGGUCGGAAGCACCACAGGCUUUUGUUAAUAAUUUCAUCUGUCGCUAUGCAAUCCUAGAAACACGAUUUGCCAAAGAAAAGCUCCCUAAUCGGGACAAAACGAUCAAAAGAAGAUUAUGGCAAGGUCUUCCUCAAGAAGCCAGGGUCAGACUAGAAGGAUUCCUGGAUGAGGAUUAUCCACUAAAUAAAUUUGUCGACAGGGUAGAACAUGAAAGACAGUGGCUCGAGGCUACUCAUACACUUGCCCUAGGUAGAGUUAAACCAGACCAAAAACACUAUCCACUCAAACAGGACCCCCAACCCGAAGCUCACACCGUAAGUCCUAAGGAUCUGUCACAAUCAAAUGCUACAUCCAGAGAAUCCUCAGAAGUCGAUGAAAUAAAGAAAAAGAUCAAGGAUUUAACAGAGCAACUUGGGAAAUUACAAGCUUCCUCACGCCAACCCCAAAAUGAGCGCUACUGCUCACACUGCCGUUCUCAUACCCAUAAUCUGAGAGAGUGUUGGAGGAAACCUGCUAGAGGCUCCUGCUUUGAUUGUAGACAAUAUGGUUGUUGGCGAGGAAACAAAUCUUGCCCAGGAAAACCCAAGACAACAUGUCUAGCUCAAGCUCAUACCUCACCAACUAUCAGCCUAGCUGUUAAUAACCAAAUCAUGAGAGCAGUAGUUGAUACUGGUAGUUGUUACACCCUCAUCAAGGAAACAACAGUCAAUAAACUGGGGAGUGAAAUAAAUAAAAGACGUGCCCUUCCUAACUUACAAGGAGUCACUGGCUCACCAUUGAGAAUUCUUGGCAUGGUUUGGUUAGAAAUUGGAGUUGGAAAAGAUCAUAUACAUAAACAAUGGUCUCCCGUAGUUCCAAACAAUUACCUGGAUGCAGAUCUAUUAUUAGGUACUGAUGUUCUAUCCAGAGCAACGUUGACGUGGAACGGAAACAGAAACACCAUGGUGUGGGGAAAUGCUCCCUAUGUUAUCAAUCACAUCAAAAGACAAAGAGGGAAAGUAGAAAGAGUUAGAACAGCCCCACUCACCCUAGAUCAAAAUGACCAAUUAAAGGACAUCCGACUUACCAAACCUAUAAGGAUAGAACCUUACCAAACACAGUUCUUACCUAUCCCAGUACCAAAGAAGCCAGGAGAGACUUUGCUAGUUCAUUCUCAGCCCAAAAUAAAUCCUGACAGCUUGCCAUUUCUCACUAAAGUAGAUGAAAACUGUAAUAUUUAUUUGCCUUUUAUGAACGACACAAAAGGGGUCAAGGAAGUUAACCAAGGAACUUUACUUGGAACAUUCGAAAGCCUUAAUUUUGAAACUGUUAAUGCCAUCCAAACACCAUCUGAAAGUCCUCUACUUGAAAUUCACAAUGAUUUACUACCCAACAAUGAUCAAGUACCACCUAAAGAAGAUAGUAGUAGGACAGAUCGUCUCACUGAGUUAAUAAGACAACAACAAUGGAAUCACUUGACUCGAGAGCAAAAAGCAGAAAUGAAAUCAGCCAUCCUAGACAAUCAUGAAUUAUUCAUCCUAGACAAAAGUGAAUUAGGCUUAAUGAAAGGACCUCCAGCAAAAAUUAACGUAGCCGAUCCCCAACCUAGCCGUGGUCCUAGAUAUCGUUACCCUGAGGAGGCAAAAAGCUUAAUAGCGGAGAUGCUACAAGACAUGGAAGACAGACAAAUCAUAGAAAAGUCGACAUCCGCUUGGCUUUCACCCAUAGUGUUGGUCAAUAAACCGGACGGGAGUAAAAGAAUGCGUUUGGAUUACCGUCACGUGAAUAAACAUCUCGCCACAGAUAUUCAUCCUUUACCGAGGUUAGAGGAGCUAGUAGACCAAGCAGCUGGUCAUGAUUUCUAUGCAACCCUGGACAUGCGCGAAGCCUACUUUCAAAUCCUCCUGGAUGAGGAUAGCAGAGACCUUACAGCCUUUAGUGAUGGGGUAACCUUAUAUCGAUUCAGGAGACUUCCUUUUGGACUCAGUUGCUCCCCAGCCAUCUUCACACGUCAUAUGGCUGUUCUUCUAUCACCAUUGUUAAAGGAGGGUUGGAUUAAGAAUUACUUGGACGACCUCAUAAUUUGGGCCCCCGAUUUUUCUUCACUUACUCAAAGACUGAGAAAGACCUUCACUGUACUUAAGGAAAAUGGUAUUAAACUAAAUCUGAGCAAAUGUGAAAUAGCUAAAAAUGAAGUUACUUUCCUUGGUUAUAGGAUAUCUAAAGAGGGCAGUCAGCCAGACCCAAAGAAUGUAGAAGCAGUUCUUGAAAUGAAACCACCUACUAAAGUAAAGGAAGUUAGGAGAUUCUUGGGUAUGACGGGGUUUUACAGGAAACAUAUCCCUAACUAUGCAAAGAUUGCCACGCCCCUAACUAAUCUCACCAGAAAAACCCAACCUUUUAAAUGGACUGAACAGUGUCAAACUGCUUUUGAAACACUAAAGGAAUACCUCGCUAAGGCCCCUGUUCUUGUGAGAGCCCAACCUCACCAACCAUUCAUUGUUACCACCGAUGCUAGCAAUACCCACGUAGGAGGGGUCCUAAGUCAAGCUCAAAGUGAUGGCGAGGCUAAACCUCUUGGUUAUUUCUCUAAGAAAUUAAACUCAACUGAAAACAGGUAUCCCGCAACUGAUAAAGAAGCACUAGCAGUAGUAUUAGCUUGUCGCCACUUCCAUCAUUAUUUAUGGGGUACUAGAUUUACCAUCCUAACUGACCACCAACCCCUCACUAGUAUAUUCAAGAGGAAAACAAAAUCAGCUAGAAUGAAUCGCUGGAUAAUGGAAAUGAGGGAAUACCACUAUGAAAUAAAGUAUGUUCAGGGAAAGUACAAUUACGUGGCAGACCAACUCUCACGACCAGUCAGAAUAGUCCAACGUUGUCCAACCACCACUAUCCUAGGUCUCACUUCCCAAGAAUUUAUAAAAUGCCAGAGAGAAGAAGUGAAGUGGAGAGAAAUGAUUGAGUAUCUAGAAGGAGGUUCAAUCCCAACAAAGAAAUAUCACAAAACCAUCUUGGAGCAAUUCACCCUCAAAGAUGGGAUUCUUUACUAUGUAAAGGAAGCAACGGAUGGCAGUAUACAAUAUACAUUGGUAGUCCCUCAUAAUCUGAAACCGAAAGCUUUAUCCCAAGCACAUAACAUGUCUGGUCAUCUCGGACAAAAGAAAACCAUAAAGAAGGCUGAAGAAUUGUUCUACUGGUGCAAUCUGAAGGUUGAGGUUUCUAACUAUGUAAAACAAUGUGUAACUUGUCAGAGAUUCAAGGGACAAGCAGGGUUACAACAACCGUUCCAAGAAUUACCUUCAGUAGGAAAACCAUUAGAGAGAGUAGGAAUUGACCUGACUGACAUGAUCGCAGGAAGUCAAGGUUACAGAUAUGUACUUAGUGUUGUAGAUCAUUUCAGUAGGUAUGUAAAGUUUUACCCAUUAAGAACCAAACACACCCAAGGGAUUAUUGAGGCACUAGCACAGUACGUGACAGACUUUGGAGCGCCACACAGCAUUGUCCUUGACAACGGAGGCGAAUUCACAUCCCAGGCCUUCCAGCAGUUUUGCCAGCAACACCUCAUCACGCUCUACUACACGACACCUUACCAUCCCCAGGGGAACGCGAUCACCGAAAGACUCCAUCGCACCCUCAAAACCAUCUUGGCCACACUUUGCCAAGGUCACCCUCUUCGAUGGCCCAGGUUACUGCAAACGUGUCAAGCCACGAUGAACGCUGCUGUUCACACCAGUACCGCGCAACAACCCUACUUUGCGUUCUUUUCGAGACCUGCACCAAGGAUGGUGGGUAUCAGAUUACCUACUAUAACCGGUGAAGAGGACGAUAUUGACAUCGCUCGCCGUGUUAUUCGGGAAACGCAGGAGAAAUUGACCAGAAAAUAUCGCAGUGUCGCUAAUCGAAAACGCAAAGAACAAAAGGUAAACCCGGGGGUAUUGGUAUGGAUAAAACGAGAAGUAAAUGAACCGGGAGUGUGUAAGAAACUGUGUGUCAAGUGGAACGGUCCAUACCGAGUAGUGGAAGUGUUGAGAGAUGGUGGAGGUUACAUAGUGAAAGACCCAUUCACGGGACAAAUGUUACAAAGAGCGGCUGAGAAAGUGAAACCGUUCAGUGGGAGCGAAGAGUAUGUGGUGGAACCCCAAGACACGGUGUUUCAAGCCGACUUAGAAAUUGAAGCACUACCUCCACGGGUUCGUAACCGUCCAAGACGCUACAUAGAGGAGUGUUAGACAAUAGUGAAGGGAUGUGGGAUGAAUAUAAGUUUGUAAAAUGUAUAAUAUCUACCUAAACAUUAUCACGCCCUGACCUAGAUAAUAGUAACAAACCCAGGCUCAGAGAUAAAAUGUCUGAGUGAGGAGAGAGGUUGUUAUCACUUUACUUCGCAGACUUUUACUGUAACUAACAGUCAACACGGGUCACACUGUAGUAGUCUACUUCAGGACGUGGUAAGCUCUCGUAUAUUACUUUAGUAACCACUGACCACAGCGAAUGGUUGUGUGAAUGAGAGGGUGAAUGAAGUAUGAAAGGAGUCGGGUUACUGGAAGUGCCGAAUCUUGCCAUAGAGAGCAGCGGAAGUCUUAAGAUUAAGGCUUCAUACUGAAGGUGUACCAAGAGGUUGGCUGGGGUGGUUAACUUCCUCAGAAUUUAUGGGAAUUUGGUGGCAUGUCUCCAAGGGACAUUGUGGAGUUAUGGUUAUAUAAGGCCAUUGUCAACUAUAUUGUCGUGUCAUAUGAGAAGGGAGCAUCGAGUGUGAUGUUUCCCAGAGCCAUUGGUGAAGUUCGAAAUCUGGUCAGAGGUUUCUUGAUAAAGUAUAGGAGAUUAUUGUCAUUUGGAAAAGGAAUAUUUCCUUAAAAUGAAGGAAGAGAUGGAUUAAGGAGUGGGUGAAAAAUUCUAUUUUUGGGAGGAAAAUCUCGUGUAGUGCCGGGACGUAGUAUUAAGUAUGGGUAAGUAAUGUUAAGUUAAUGUAAGUAGCAUUUAAGUUAAUGUAAGAAUUAUUAGUAACAUUGAAUUAUUAUUGCGUGAUGCUCACACCCCCGAGACAGACGGACAGACAGACAGACAUACAUGCUGACGCCUGCAGAAAGUAGGUGAUCGGUUCCAUACGAGAUAAUGGGCAUAAUUUUAACACAAGAUAGUAGCUUCUAGUUAGAAUUUUUCACCUUGCUAUUCAGGGGAACCAUUAUACCAAUAUCAUGCGACGAGUAAAGUACCGUAGACGGUUGUUGCAAGGUUGAACAAAUCAGGGUUCGAAUUAAAUCUGGGGAGGGAUGUGAACCGCGGGCAGCGGCUGCGUAGGUAGCCCCACCCAGCAAACACCAACAGUCACGCAUUGGCUCUUCCCCCGGACAGGUGCGUCUCUCUGAGGAUGAAAAUAAUAGUGACGGUGAUGGUGGUGAUGGUGAUGGUGGCGUUGACGGAAGCGAUGGAAAAGGAAAAGAAAAAUGAAGAAGGAAAUGGCGGAGGCUCUGGCGAUGAUGGUUUCCUAAUGGCCACGUCAAAAGAGGGUCGACUGCACUACGAUUUACUGUUGAGGGGAGCACAAACGCCCAGCGGAGGGCGAGGCAAGAUGGAAGUGUACCGAGGCUCACUAGUUAAAACAAUAAACAGUCUGGAAAUCAAGUUGAAAUUUUCCUCCACUCCUUUGUCUGUGUUUGGGCCAUCCGUCCCUUCGACCUAUAGUAAGAUGCAUCCGGUGGCUUGGAGGGCACACGAAGGGCAUGUUAGUGACUCGUGGUAAGGAUUGACUCAUGACUUUCCGUUUUUGUGACACUGUGUUGGGUUGUAUGUAUUUCUGUGUAUUGCAUAAUACGUUUCUUUUCAUAUUUGUUUGUUUAUAUAUUUUGAGGAUUUAGAGGGCACGCGAAGGGCAAGUUAAAAGUGACUCGUGGGAAGGAUUGACUCAUGACUUUCCGUUUUUGUGACACUGUGUUGGGUUGUAUGUAUUUCUGUAUACGGAACUGUUUGUUUCUUACCCUAUCACCUUUGCAAUCUGGCGGCUACCAAGGUUGGUAAACCUGCCUUUUCUCCCAGUAUUGCAAGAAGAGGUUUGUGGUCUGUGACUAAGGUAAAUUUGGCUUUCCCAUAUUAGUACAUGUGAAACUUAGUUACACCAUACACUAAUGCUAAUCCCUCCUUUUCAAUCUGUGAAUAGUUUUUCUCUGCUUGAUUAAGUGAACGAGAAGCAAAUGCAAUAGGUCUUUCUGACUCGUCCGGCAUUACAUGGGCAAUUACUGCUCCUAAGCCAUGAGAUGAUGCAUCACAUACAAGUUUUACAGGCAAAUUUGGUUGGUAAUGGGUGAGAAAUCUAGAUGAAGUUAUCUCGCCCUUUAUGUGGUUAACUGCACUGGUGCAUUCUUCUGUCCAUUUCCAUUCUGUGUCUUGUUUCAGAAGGUUAUAUAGAGGGUGAGCUAUGGUUGCUAAGUUUGGAAUGGACCUGUUGUAAAAAGUAAUUAACCCGAGAAAUGAUCUUAAUUCAUCAACAUUCUCUGGUGUUUUGGCAUCUCUAAUAGCUCUUAUUUUCCCUGGAGUUUUGUGAAUGCCGUGUCCGUCCACUCUAAAUCCCAAGUACUCUACCGAGGGUACAGCAAAUUGACAUUUGUCUUUGCGGAUCCGCAAUCCAGUUUUCUGCAAAGUUUCAAGGACUACUUGAAGUCGUUCCAAGUGUUGAGCUUCAUCUUGCCCAGCUACUAGAAUGUCAUCGACAAAACAGAGUGUACCAGGCUUGCCUAUGAACAACUUAUCCAUUGUCUGUUGCCAAAGUGCUGGACUGCUAGCUACACCGUAUGGUAAUCUCCUAGGUCGAUACAAACCUAGGUGUGUGCUAAGAGUACAUAUUUCUUGGGAAGGUUCAUCCAUUUGGAGCUGUUGGAAGGCCUGUCUUAAGUCAAUUUUUGAAAAUACUUUGCAGCCUCCUAGAGCGGCAAACAUGUUAUCAGGUUUAGGAAGAGGGUGUUGAGCUAUCUGCAACUGAGGGUUGACUGUAACCUUGUAAUCUCCACAAAGUCUAAUGCCUCCAUCACUUUUCACUACAGGGACAAUGGGGGUGCCCCAAUCUGAGUAAGUGACUUUCUCCCAAGAUCCAUUAUCUACAAGUCUCUGAAUCUCUUGCUCUACCAAUGGUUUUAAUGGCAAGGGAAUCUGUCUAGGGGGAUGAAAUUUUGGUUUGGCAUUAGGUUUUAGUUGUAGACUAGCACAUGCAUUUAUUACAGUUCCUACCCCGUCCUGGAAUACUUCUUUGCUCUGUUCAAGUACUUGAGUUAAAUCUUCCUUCAGCAACC